CGUGAGACGUCGCUCCCGGAGCUCUAUCCCCGGCUCCAGCACUCUCAACUCCACCCCCGGAGCGCUAAGCCCCGCCGCCACCGCCACCGCCGCCGGGACUAACUUCCGGUUCCGGGGAGCCAUGGCGAAACACCUCCGGUUCUUGGGCCGCACCGUCAUGGUGCAGAACGGCAACGUGGAGGCGGCCUACAGUGCUCUUAACAGGAUCCUGUCUCACGACGGGUUGGUGGAAGACGUGCGCCGGGGCCGCUACUAUGAGAAGCCGUGCCGGCGGCGCCAGCGCUUGGCUUACGAAGCGUGCCGGCGCGUCUACAACAGCGAGAUGGGCCGGAAAAUCAACUUCCUGGCACGCACCACCCGCCAGGACCCUUGGCUGGGCUGCUAGGAGGGGGGGAAAGGCCCCUAAUAAA